AGUCUCGCGCGCGGCAAGACUACGCACACCGGUCGCAGCACUCACAGCAUCCGUCCCGCGUCAGUCGGCUACCGCGUUCCGAGGCGUUCGGACUUCGGUUGGUGCUGCUCGGACGGUUGGAGAAGCCGGGUCGCCGGGCGAGCGAGCGAGGCGCGAUUAACGCUUGUGAACGAGAGAGUGAUCCAGCCUUCCGGACUUCCUGUGCGUUGUCUCGGCGUCGUCUCCGUCGUCCCGGAGCUUGCGGAUUCCCGGAGGUUCUCCUGUUGUCAUCGAGUUGAUCGCCGGCCCCGUGCGAAAGUGAUCGAACAGUAUCGGUCGGAGAUGAGGAAGGAGACUCUAUUAGCUGUCGUAACGAUUUUACUAUCGACGACGGCACGCGAUGCCGUGGCAGAACUUUACACCGCCCUGGCGGAUAUGGAGGAGCUGCUCGAAACGGAAGCCGUGCUGAUCGACACGCUAAACGGAUACAUCACGGCACAAGAGCAGCGAUUGGCGACUCUGAGAAGGAACGUGGAGGGUUAUGCGAAAGAACACGAGGAGGCGUCCAGGAACAUUCAGCAGUACCUAUCGAAUCCUAUAAAUGCUUAUCUGCUGGUCAAACGGCUGACCACCGAUUGGAAAAAGGUGGAGGAACUGAUAACCGAGGACGUCGGCAAGUCCUUCGUCGCGAACAUCACGAAUUCCAGGAGUGAUCUAAAAUUCCCAACCGACGAGGACCUGAAUGGGGCCGCAGUCGCUUUGAUGAGGCUGCAGGACACGUACAAGCUUGAAACCGCACAAGUUGCGAGGGGUGUCUUGAAUGGAGUGCAAUACAGCACCGGAUUGACUGCAAGCGAUUGCUUCGAAUUGGGCCGACAAUCUUAUCACAAUCGCGAUUACUAUCACACGGUUUUGUGGAUGCAGGAGGCUAUGGACCGCUUACAAGAAGAACAGAAUGCUACCACCACCUCCAAGCCUGACAUCCUGGAAUACUUGGCGUUUUCGACGUACAUGCAAGGUAACGUCGCCCGUGCUUUGAGUAUGACGAACGAGCUGCUCGAAUUGGUGCCGACACACGAGAGAGCGUUGGGAAACCGCGCGUAUUAUCAAAAGGAGAUCCAAAGCAAAGCGAGUCAGUCAAAAAAGAAGCGAGGCGAGGAUGGGAAGGAUGAUACUGCGAUACCUGAGCAGAACUUCACUGUCGCCGAGGAAAGGGUGAAAACGUGGGAGGAAAUGACAGAGAGGGAGAGGUACGAGAUGCUUUGUCGCGGCGAAGUAUCUAUUCCGCCGGAGGUGGAGAAGAAUCUUAAGUGCCGUUACGUCGACCGUGGAAUUCCCUUUCUGAAGAUCGCGCCGUUCAAGGAGGAGGAGGCGUAUUUGGAUCCGAGGAUAGUUGUUUAUCACAACGUGAUCUACGACGAGGAAAUCGAGACGAUCAAGCGAAUGGCUCAGCCUAGGUUUAAGCGCGCCACGGUGCAGAAUUACAAGACUGGUGCCUUAGAGAUAGCGAAUUACAGAAUCAGUAAGAGCGCGUGGCUCCAGGAACACGAGCAUAAGCACGUAGCGGCGGUGAGUAAACGCGUGGAGCACAUGACAAGUAUGUCUGUGGAGACGGCAGAGGAACUUCAGGUUGUUAAUUAUGGCAUCGGUGGUCACUACGAGCCACAUUUCGACUUUGCGAGGAAAGAAGAGACGAAUGCAUUCAAGAGCCUCGGAACUGGUAACAGAAUUGCAACGGUUCUGUAUUACAUGAGUGAUGUUGAGCAAGGAGGCGGUACCGUAUUUACCGCUAUAAACAUAUCACUUUGGCCGAGAAAGGGUAGUGCGGCAUUUUGGCAUAAUCUAAAGCCUAAUGGUGAGGGGGAUUUUAAAACUAGACACGCGGCUUGUCCAGUACUUACAGGAUCGAAGUGGGUGGCAAAUAAAUGGCUGCACGAAAGAGGCCAGGAGUUUCACAGACCAUGCACAUUGGAGAAUCAGGCGACAGACGAAGUGGACGUUAGGCACUGAAGAGAACAUUCCUCGACAGUGAGACAAGAAUAGAUAAGGCACGAUAAAAAUAAGAUAGAAGAAGUACUAAGAAAUACUUCGAAAUUCCUUUAAAUAAUGAGACAUUUUAUUCUCGAAACGGUAACGCCGAGAGGAGUAGGUAAGGAAACGCGCGGUAGGAAUUGUCAUUUAAGAACGAGUGAGAACGUUUCGGUCCGUGUGCAAAAAGCGACAGUGCAAUUUAACAUACGUAGGCAAACUGCGAGAACGUUACUCGCAUUUGUAUGAAAGAACGUUACCAGCGCAUACAAUUCGCGUAACUUAACAUUCAUGCCGCAGACUUGUAUGAUGAUCUUUCUUGUUCAUACACUGUGGAACAUAAUCCCUCGCAUUACGACAGCGAUUAAUGUUUCUUCGAGAUACUCGGCUGCAGGCGAAAAUCAGUAAGAAGCAACAGAGACUACUCGAGUGAGAUUAAUCGGCCGCAAUUGUUUCCCGUGCGCUUCUUCCCUUUGAAACGGAAUUCCCGUGAAGCAGAGAUUGUUGCCACGCGAAUCGCGGCAAUUGCGAUGUAACAAAGUUACUUUUUACUGGAAUGGAUCUGCAUACGUUCUGUUUGUAGUCCGAUCCAGCGUUGUCUGCAGUUCGUCAUCUUGCAGACAACGCUUACGGCAAAUGUAACGUAGAACAGUUGUUUGGAGUUAAAGUUUGGAGUACGUAAGCCGAAAUGAACGGCGAGUAUAAAGCGGAAAAAUAAAAGAACAGGCUUCAGUAACUCUUUCACUCGAAUGAAAUAAAUGAAAGGAGAGAAAAGAAAAAAAAGAAAUAAAAACCGUAUGGUUGCACCGAUUCAUUGCAUGUGGAGUUUUCGCCGUUUAAAUGGGCUUUCCAUGGCGAAAACGAGAUUCGCUCCGCCAUUCGCUCUCAAACUCGUAACGUUAAUUAUUUCUACGAGAAAAUACGCUAAUAAAGAUAUUACACUAUGCAUCAUAGCCAAAGCAAUAAUAAAUUGCGCACGUUCUGGCCAGUCUCCCCUUAUCGUAAUAUAUAGUGCGAUGUAGAAUACCGAAGUAAUCAUUAGCCCGUAGAUUAAUUGUAAUUCGAGCGUUGAUCGUUAACGCGACGAAGUCUAUCUCAACUCUGACAUUAUUGUGCAAUAACGAGGUAUUUCCGCCAAGAUGUUCCAAGACCGAGAAUCUUCUUUCGCGACGGAUCGUAUUCGUCGACUGUAAAUAGCGGAUGGCACGUUAAUCUUGUAUCAUCCGAUCCUUCUGAUCAGGCUGUAUACGAAUUGUUUGUAUAAAGAUGGAUGACGCUGUUUGACGAUGUUCGACGACGACGGUGCGCUUAACGGCGAUGUAACAUAUACGAGAAUAAAUCUUGCAUGACGCGCACGUUGUAUUUCAAAUCAUCCUAUUAUAGCAGUGCUUAAAUUACAGUUGAUUUUAUUUUAAAUGAUAGAAAAAGAUUCGUAUUAUUAUAGGAGAUAUAGCGUGAAAAAAAAAUGAAAUAAAAGGACCAAGUCCGAGAAAUAAUCCUGGAAAA